UCCUACUGUUUCGGUCGUCCCCGUAGCGAAACAGCACACAUGACGUUGAGAGAGCUGCGCGCAACUUCUUGCAUCGUCAAGAUCGCGCCCGCAGAGCGGGCGGAGGUCAGGAGGUGGGCGCGCGCGGCACUGCUGACCACCGAGCAGCCGUCUGCUAGAGAGGUCAACACUUUGCACCACCAUUGCUUGCUUAGCUCUUUCAAACAUAACCCGGCGGAGAUUUGUUGCUUUCCCUGCCGAAUGCCGAUUGACGAUCUUCCCCUUUGGAUUUCCGACACCUUUUGUUCCCAGCGAGCACUGGGAUUUCCCCUUGAACAAUUUCAUCGGGGGCUGCUGAUCCUCCUCGAAUCACCACCAGAUGGGGAUGGGUUCCCUCACAAGUUCUUCCUGGGUGACGAGCUUGUGUGGGAGCCCGAUAUGCUCCGGCCAAGACGUGGCCUCAUGCGUUCUGAAGCAGAUGUUCGACUCCUCCACCUGCACCAACCAUCUGGCGGCGACCGGCAUCACCGCGCUGCUCGGGUUUCUGCUCGCACUCCAGCUGCUUGUGAAAAUUCCGCAGAGCAGAGCAUCUGCACGGCAGCUCGUCAUGCUCGGUCUCGGCUCGCCGCUGCACCUGUCUGCCGUGGUGUUCACCGGCUGCUUGGGCUUCGUUUAUCUUGGGCUAGGACUCUGGAUGCUGGGGAGUAACUUCAGUCAGGAUGCUUCCGUUGUUUACCUUCCACAUUGGUGGCUUGUAACAUUAUCUCAAGGACUGAAUCUGGUCCUUGCCAGCUUGGCUUUCAGCAUCAGACCUCGGUUUCUUGGAGCGGCAUUCGUCAGGUCUUGGCCGGUCUUGCUGACCGUCUAUGCAGCAUUCAUUUGUUCUUCUUCAGUUGUUGUUAUUGUUGCAGAGAAGAUGAUCACUGUCAAGGGCUGUUUGGAUGUUCUGUACUUACCAGGUGCAGUUCUCGUGCUUAUUUAUGGCAUUCGGCACAGCCAUGACGAAGAGGGGUAUGGAGGAAUUGGAAAUGGUUUAUACAAGCCCCUCAACACGGACACAGACGGUGAGGCAGCUGAUUCUGAGACUCAUCAGGUCACUCCCUUUGCUACUGCUGGUUUUUUCAGCGAGAUGUCGUUUUGGUGGUUGAAUCCUCUGAUGAAGAUGGGCUAUGAGAAUCCCCUUGAGGACAAAGACAUGCUUCUUUUGGGCGCCGCAGAUCGGGCGCAAAAUCAGUACUCGAUGCUCAUGGAGAAGCUGAAUUGCAGGAAGCAGUCGCCGUCACAGGCCACACCAUCAUUCUUCUGGACUAUUGUUUCUUGUCACAAGCGUGCCAUCGUGCUCUCGGGUUUCUUUGCUUUGCUCAAGGUUCUCACCUUAUCUACAGGCCCAAUAAUUCUCAAGGCAUUCAUCAAUGUAUCACUUGGGAAAGGGACCUUUAAAUACGAAGGCUAUGCGCUGGCUGCAUUAUUGUUCGUCUGCAAAUGCUGUGAAUCAUUGUCGGAGAGACAGUGGUAUUUCCGCACUCGGAGAUUAGGACUGCAGGUGAGGUCACUCCUGUCAGCAGCUAUUUAUAAGAAACAGCAGAGGCUAUCAAAUGCAGCAAAAAUGAAGCACUCCUCUGGACAAAUUAUAAACUAUGUGACCGUCGAUGCCUAUCGGAUUGGGGAAUUCCCAUACUGGUUCCAUCAAACAUGGACAACAAGUGUUCAGCUUUGCAUUGCUCUGGCAAUUCUAUAUAAUGCGGUUGGUGCUGCAAUGAUUUCAUCAUUGGUUGUCAUCAUUCUCACCGUACUCUGCAAUGCUCCACUGGCCAGAUUCCAACACAAAUUUCAGAGCAAACUUAUGGAAGCACAAGAUGUGAGAUUGAAAGCCAUGUCCGAGUCACUAGUUCAUAUGAAGGUCUUGAAACUUUAUGCAUGGGAAGGCCACUUCAAGAAGGUCAUCGAGGGGUUGAGGGAAGUUGAGUACAAGUGGUUGUCAGCAUUCCAGCUUUGGAGGGCAUACAACAGUUUCUUGUUCUGGGCUUCUCCUGCUUUGGUUUCUGUGGCAACCUUUGUAACAUGCUAUCUUUUGAAAAUCCCUCUUGAUGCUAGCAAUGUAUUCACCUUUGUGGCAACUCUACGUCUCGUGCAAGACCCAGUUAGGACGAUACCCGAUGUUAUUGCAGUUGUGAUACAAGCUAAGGUUGCUUUCACUCGGAUAUCAAAGUUCCUUGAUGCACCUGAGCUAAACGAGCAUGUUAGGAAGAAAUAUUAUGGUGCCAUUGAUUACCCUAUAGCGAUGAAUUCCUGUAGCUUCUCGUGGGAUGAGAAUACAUCAAAACCAACUCUAAAGAAUAUAAAUCUGGCAGUCAAAGCUGGAGAAAAGGUCGCAAUUUGUGGAGAGGUAGGAUCAGGAAAGUCGACACUUUUGGCUGCUGUACUCGGAGAGGUCCCCAAAACUGAAGGCGCGAUCGAAGUCUGUGGGAAAAUAGCAUAUAUUUCUCAGAAUGCAUGGAUCCAAACAGGAAGUGUGCAAGAUAAUAUUCUCUUUGGAUCGUCGAUGGACAGGCAAAGAUACCACAACACACUCGUGAGGUGCUCGUUGGUCAAGGACCUUGAAAUGUUGCCAUAUGGAGAUUGUACUCAAAUUGGGGAGAGAGGAGUAAAUCUUAGUGGUGGUCAGAAGCAGCGCGUCCAGCUUGCUCGUGCACUAUACCAAAAUGCAGACAUCUAUCUUCUUGAUGAUCCUUUCAGUGCUGUUGAUGCCCAUACAGCCACAAGUCUCUUCAAUGAAUAUGUCAUGAGUGCUCUAUCAGACAAGACCGUUCUUUUGGUGACUCACCAAGUGGAUUUUCUACCUGUAUUUGACUCCAUUUUGUUGAUGUCAGAUGGAGAGGUUAUUCGGUCUGCACCUUAUCAAGAUCUAUUGGCAGAUUGUGAAGAGUUUAAAGACCUUGUAAAUGCCCAUAAAGAUACUAUGGGUGUUUCACAUCAUAAGAACAACAUACCCCAUCAAAGAUCUAAGGAAGCAUCAAUAAAGGAGACAGAUGGUAUUCAUGGAAGUAGAUAUACAGAGUCUAUGAAACCAUCACCAGCAGAUCAACUGAUCAAGAAAGAGGAAAGAGAAACAGGGGAUGCAGUUUUCAAGUCUUAUAUGCUUUACCUGCGCCAGAAGAAAGGCUUCCUGUAUUUCUUCUUGUGUAUGAUUUCUCACAUAAUUUUUGUAGCUGGGCAGAUAUUACAGAAUUCAUGGAUGGCUGCUAAUGUCCAAAAUCCUCAUGUUAGCACACUGAAGUUAAUUUCUGUGUACAUUAUUAUCGGAGCUUGCACAAUGAUCUUCUUGCUAUCAAGAUCUUUAACAGUCGUUGUUCUUGGGGUCCAGUCAUCAAGAUCCUUAUUUUCCCAGCUACUCAAUUCAUUGUUCCGUGCACCAAUGUCCUUUUUUGAUUCUACACCUCUAGGAAGGGUUCUUAGCCGGGUCUCUUCAGAUUUGAGUAUCGUUGACCUCGAUAUUCCAUUUGCAUUAGUGGUUAGCCUUGGUACCAGCUUAAAUGCAUGUAGCAAUCUAGGGGUAUUGGCCGUUGUUACAUGGCAAGUUCUGUUUGUAUCCGUGCCAAUGAUAGUUUUGGCAAUUAGGUUGCAGAGGUACUAUCUAGCAUCGGCCAAGGAAUUAAUGCGGAUCAAUGGUACUACAAAGUCCGCCCUUGCGAGUCACUUAGGUGAAUCGAUUGCAGGGGCUAUAACGAUAAGGGCCUUUGGGGGAGAAGAUCGUUUCUUUGCUAAAAAUUUGGAUCUUAUUGACAAGAAUGCCAGCCCAUAUUUCUGUAAUUUUGCAGCAACUGAAUGGUUGAUUCAACGUAUAGAAAUAAUGAGCGCCAUAGUUCUUUCUUCUUCUGCCUUUGUCAUGGCUCUUCUUCCUCAAGAAACUUUUAGCCCUGGUUUUGUGGGAAUGGCAUUGUCCUAUGGUCUUUCGCUAAAUACAUCAUUUGUUUUCUUUACUCAAAGCCAGUGCAACCUUGGGAAUCAAAUAAUCUCGGUGGAACGGGUGAGCCAAUACAUGGACAUACCAAGUGAAGCAGUAGAAGUCAUUGAAGACAAUCGACCAUUACCAGAUUGGCCCCAAAAUGGCAAUGUGGAGAUUAGGCAUUUGAAGAUCAGGUAUAGGAUAGAUGCUCCCCUUGUACUACAUGGAAUCACUUGCAGUUUCGAAGGUGGAGAUAAGAUCGGUAUAGUUGGUCGAACAGGAAGUGGCAAGACAACGUUAAUUGGUGCAUUGUUUCGCCUUGUUGAACCUGAUGAAGGGAAAAUAAUUAUAGACUCUGUGGAUAUCAGUACAAUAGGCUUACAUGAUCUGCGGUCGCGUUUGGGUAUCAUUCCACAAGAUCCAACACUUUUUCAGGGUACAAUAAGAUACAAUCUAGAUCCUCUUGGGCAAUUCUCAGAUGAAAAAAUAUGGGAGGUUCUUGCCAAAUGUCAACUUCUUGAAGCUGUCCAGGAGAAGGAACAGGGACUGGAUUCACAUGUUGUGGAAAGUGGGUCAAACUGGAGCAUGGGCCAAAGGCAGCUCUUCUGCCUGGGACGCGCACUUCUGAGAAGGUGUCGUAUCUUAGUUCUUGAUGAAGCCACAGCGUCUAUAGACAAUGCAACAGAUGUUCUCCUUCAGAAGACGAUCCGGACAGAAUUCAAAUACUGCACUGUUAUUACAGUUGCCCACCGUAUACCAACAGUUAUGGACUGCGAUAUGGUACUUGCAAUGAGUGACGGGAAAGUAGUAGAGUUUGACAAACCUACAAAGCUCAUGGAAACUGAAGGAUCUCUCUUUCGCGAGCUGGUCAAGGAGUAUUGGUCAUACACUUCAAACACAAAUAUCUAGAAGAGAUUGUCUCGAAGUUUCUCGGGUUAUCUCUUUCUACACCAAAUUCUAUGUAUUGUCAUGGUGGGCUAUCGCUGCCCUUUGGAAUUGAUGAAGGUAAACAGAGUAGAUUCCUGAAGAUUUCCUUGCCCCGGUAAACAGGAGGGACUAAAUCUGCGACCCUGCCAACCGUACGGAAUUGUAAGGCUCAUAGUAUCAUUAGCAUGGUCAUAGUAGCUCAUCAAACUUGAGCAUAUGUGUCUACUUGCAAUGUUAUGGUAGAAUACUUUCCUGAUUAGCUAGUGCAUGUAUUCACUUGCGCAUCGUUUAUGCUGAAUGCAUCGACUGUGGACGAGGUUUCAUGCGAUUGGUUUUGGUUGUAUAUGCUUUGAUGUACUUCUCUCCAAUGAAAAUCGGCUUUGCUUUUGUAGUUAACAGCUGCCUAUUUAUAUUGCGAUAAAAACAUUUCAGC